AUGGUCUUCCCACCGUCGGUGGCAAAGGCAGUGCUUGGCGUAGUCUCAGUCAGAAAAGCCCCGAACGGAGAAUCACAAACUGUUCUUCGGAAGACGAAGGUAGCGGAGGGAGGCUCGUCUCCUCAAGCCAAGAAGAAGAUCGAUGAGAACCAGCACAACAAGAGAGAAGCCGAAAAGAAACAGAGACUCAAAGAAAACUAUGCCAAGGCAAAACUCAAGUACGAACGCAAUAUAAACAAGGAUGGCUUGACGUAUCUUGCGUUUAGAACCGGGGGGGAGAAGCCGGAUUUUUCCAAGGGCGAGAGGCCGGCUGUAAGGCGCUGA